AUGGGGGGGGUUGGGGGUCCCCUCGAGUGUUGCUAUAAUUUCACUGAAGAUAGGCAUGGGAACCCCCCAGGUAUCUUGAGAUACGAUGAGGUGGAUUCUAUGCCGUCUGAGAUAAAGAGAAUGAUCAAGAGAUUGGUCAGAUGGAGUAUAUUACUAGCCGAUUGCAUUCCCAAAAGUUGUAUAAUCAACAUAUAUGAUGAAGGAGAUUGUAUUCCUCCGCAUAUAAAACACAAUGAUUUUGUGAGGCCGUUCUGCACAGUGUCCUUCAUGAGCAAGAGCAAUAUUCUGUUUGGAAAAGAAAUCAAUGUUAUUUGCCCCGGGGAGUUCAAAGGACCUGUCAAGAUUCUGCUAUCAAUGGGUUCAGUACUAAUUCUUAAGGGAAAUGGAGCAGACUUAGCCAAGCACUGCAUUUUGGGGGUACGACACCACAAAGCUUCUGUGACAAUCAGAGGAAUAGAUGACAGUCAGCUUGAUCUAGAGUUCACCCCACAGAGGACAGACAGACAGUCAGUGGACACUUUUGUACUGCGCCAGAGCAGCAUAGAUGAUAUGUACUCCGCCAUGUUUGUCAAAUUGCCCUCUUUGUGCGAUUGA